AUGGAUAAGGAGAAGGAUGACGGUAAAAAGGCGGUCAAAUUGACCAAAGAUGAUCAGAACAAUCCUAUGGUUCUCGGGACUUCGGAGUCUGAGAGAAACCAAAGGCUAGAAAGUUUAAUGGCGAAACGUAGAGCGAAGAAGUUGAUGAAUAUGACAGUUGAUAAAAGCGUGAUGAACACGGAUGCUAUUCUCCCUAGUCAUCUGCCUCCCAUUCUGAUUGCUAAAAGCAAUCUUUCGAAUGAUCUGUGCAAAGAAAUAUUACAGAUGCCCUGGUCGGCACCUUCAUUUUCAUUGCCUAAAGAGAAUCCUUUUGACCUUCCUUAUCAUCCAUACGAAGAAAAACCCAAUCUUAUGGCAGAUAGUUUUCAGCAACAAUUCAUGAUAGCCAACCAGAAGGAAUACUGCAGGCACAAAAGCUUCUGUCGCGGAACUUUUUCAACUCGAGACUCAAAUGGAGAUCACUUUAACCACUAUUAUUGUACUCAGAGAAGCUUUAUGGAGGGUCCAACCGAUCCAAGAUUCAAAUGGCAGUCAGAUAGAGGAGGAGAUCACCACCAUCAUAAUUCCUCUAACAUAGCUAGUGAUGUUGAUCGUGUUGAACUAAAUGACUCGAAUCACAACAGGGGGAUGAACUCAUCGGAAAGAGCAACAGAUGGGAUCACAAUAGAAGAGAAGAUGGGAUAUCCUCGUGAUCCGGAGGGAAGGAUGGAUAUCGGUAGAAAUGAAGGCAAAAUGGUGAUGGAUUCAAUAAACAACAAUGAUUCUUGCUACACAUCUUCAUCCGAGGACACUGAAUCAGUCUCAGAUCAAAUGAGUAAAUAUUCCAGGAUAUAUAGGAAUCUAAUGGUUCCUCCUAAAGGAAGAACGGUGCAUUCAGUUCCCUAUGAUUUCAAUCCACCUCCAAAUGAAAGGCCUAGAUCAGACUUUAGUUUUUUGUGCAGUACAUAUGGGCUUAACCGUCCUGUUUCAAAUUGUUCCAUAGCUUCUGAGUUGGAAGUCGAGGUCUCGGAAUUCAGAUCACCUCCAUUAGCAACAGAUGUAUCAGUUUCAUCGACUGAUGGUGAUUCAGUUACAUAUGGUGGUGAUGCUGAUAAGGAUAUCCAUUCCGAAAGUGAAUAA